AUGAUACAAUUAUUAUUCUUAAUUCCCUUACUCACUAUUCUCCAUGGCGCAUCGAUAGAAUUAGAAGAGAGAAUUGUAGGAGGAGAACUUGCCUCUCCAGGCGAAAUCCCAUAUCAGAUUUCUAUGCAAUAUAAUGGUGACCAUUUAUGCGGUGGAGUUAUAAUUGACAAGUGUCACGUCCUAACAGCUGCUCACUGUGUAUCUGGUUUCACUGCUUCAAAUUUUUCGAUCUAUGUGGGAACAACGGAUUUACAAAAACCGUAUUCAGAACAUCGGAUUGAGUCCACUUACAUACACGAAAAUUACGAUUUGUAUUUCUUAGUUAACGAUAUCGCUUUACUUAAGCUUCAACCGCCAUUGAAAUUUUCUUAUCUGGUCUCUCCUGUAAAUUUACCAGAACAAAAUGAAACUGUGGAGGUAGGCUCGGUAGCAGUAGUAUCGGGAUACGGUGUUAUAUCUCCUGAUGGAAACGUAACCACGCGGUUGUACGUCGUCGACAAUAUCAUAACUAAUGAGACUUUUUGUAGAGAAACGUUUGAAAAUGAAUUUAAUGUAACCAUAGACUAUAAUACGCAAAUCUGCGCAAAUCAUCCAACCGUACAACAGGGUGCAUGCGCGGGUGAUUCCGGUGGCCCUCUUACUGUCAAUAAAAAACUCGUAGGACUCGUUUCGUUUGGGUAUGGGCUUUGCACUAGUGUAGAAUAUCCUGGCGUGUAUACACGAGUCUCAGCAUAUAUCGAUUGGAUAAAUGAGAAAAAGGAUGAAAGAUAUUUUUAACAAAAUAUAGUAAUCUAUA